UACCUCGUGGCGAACUUGUGCUUUUCCACUUUCUUCAUGUGCCUAACGCUUUUGGGAAGCUUCUCCAUGACUCACAUGUCCGUCAUGAUGACUUUCUCUCAAUCCAAACAAUGGAUGUGCAGUCUCAUCAACUUUGGAAAGUAUUUUCCCGGAGCACUCGUAACACUCUCGUCAUUUGGGAUCAGCUUUGAGAGAGUUAGGUCAUUAAAGACGAGAAGUGGAAGGACCGUGUCCACUGGAACUGCGGUCAAGACGAUCAUUUUCAUCUGGCUCGCCGCUGUCCUAAUUACAUCUCCAGCCCUCCUGCGAUCCACCCAUAGCACUGCAGACGAUCAAAAUCCUUCCACCAUACCAACAUUGUGUAAAAGAGUUGUAUUGUUCGAUUCCAAAUUCUUGGACAUAUUGUACGAGCUUCUAAAGUUCUUCUUUCUCCAUAUCCUAUUCUCAGUUUAUCUUCUGUAUGAACUCUACCUCAUCAGAUCUAAAAUCAAGUACCUCGGAGUUUACUCGGUGCCAGGACCAAGAUUACAGAGGAAAGUUUGCAGAGUCCGAUUUGCCUUCUUAUAUUCAAUAAUCCUCGUGUUGGUAUGGGUUUCCUCCGGUGCUGUUCAACUUGUGUACAGAGUUCCAAUUUGGUUUACUUCCAUAUCAUCGUCUACAUCCAGAGCAUCCAAAUCAUACAGCUUUUUAAUGGGGAUUACGUUUGCCUAUUUGUUCGUUAAUCCCUUGGCUGUAUUUUUUUCAAACCAAGACAUUAAAAUAUUCCGCAAAUUCUUAUGUCGCACUUGUCAUGCAGAUGGUAUUACAACUCCCACGCGCAAUGCUGCUGGCUGUGGGAAGGACUUAGAUAACAAUGCUGCGACACAGGAUGAUACUGAUUUAGAUAUUAGUAGAUUUGCAACCCAGCAGGCGACAACUUUCUCCAUUUCUGAGAACCAAUUGCCCAAAAAGUUAGAGCAACGUCAAACAUCAAACAACAACCCUGAAGACAUAAACUUUAUGGAUCGUUUCAGAAAAGUUUCAUUCAUCAGACAUCAACAGCAUCAGAAUGUCAAACCAAGAGAAGAUAAUACAUAGCAUUUUAUAAACUUAAGUUUUGCAUAAAUGUGUACAUAUUUAUGCGUAUAAAAACAGUUGCGUCAAUGUUCACAAUUUUCCCACAAUUCAUUCACAAUGUUCACAAGUAGAAAGCUCAGAUUUUCAAUGUUUUGGCAAUGUUUAAAGUUUAAAUUGAAAUGGCGUAGAAGAGAUUUUCGGUGAUUUGAAUAUACUUAUAUAUAUAUUUACAUAUAUCAUAUUAUAACACUAUUGAAUGUUUAUGCACUGUCUGUACGUAUGUUAUGUACCUCAAUAUAAGCGACAUGUAAUAUAAAAUUGAAUUUAUUACUUCCCCAGAGCAUAAUUUGAGCAACUCAAAUUAUUAUGCAACGUCAUAUUGUAAACACGAUUAA